AUGACGCCUCUUCCCUACCUUAUCACGAUUCGCCAUCCAUACCGUAAGUAUCACCCUCCACCACCUCGCACUUCGGCUUCCCUUGGAAUCGCGUCAAGUAACAACUUUAACAUCCACAUAGCACCAGAUUCCCGGUGCCCCAACUUCCCCAAUUCUCCAACAUCAAUCAGAAACCUCUCACCUCCUCUGCCCCUGUCGGCGCUCCAUGUGCGGCUACCAAACCCUCGCAGGACGAGUGCCAUCACUGCGGACUCUUUAGCUCUUCAUCCUUCAAGCUUCAAGUUCCAAGCUCAUCCCGAGCCUCAUAAGGAUUUCCUAGCGGAACAUGCUUCACUUCUCCUCCUGGCUUAUGUAUCCAUCUCGUCACAUGCCCUCCAGGUAUUUAUCUACACGGAGACUCUUGCUCUUGUACACGCCCCAACGGGAAGCCAGUGGCGACGGGUACGAGUGUCGCUUUCCAUCUCGUCAUCGUUCGCCGGAUGA